CACUUCCCUGUCGCUCGCUAUUGAAGCUCAGCGGUCGUCAUGGAGUUGUCUGCCGAGUACGUCGGGGUGGAUGGGCAGCAGGAGCAGCUGCGGGUGCCCUGUGAGGCGCCGAGCGACGCGGACCCUUUCGAGGGCCUGUUGUCUGGUGUGGCCCAGAUGAGAGAGUUGGUGAACGAGCUCUUCGUCUCCCUGGUACAGCAGGAAGCGCAAGACCAGGAGGUGGCGACUCCAGAAGAGGCCAUGGACGGUGAUGAUGAAGAUGAUGCAGAAGAUGAAAAUAACACUGAUAAUAGAACUAACUCAGAUGGACCAUCUGCAAAACGGCCCAAACCGCCAUCUUAACAGUUGCUUUUAUGAAAUUUUAAAGACUGCUACUAUAUCUGAAUUAUCACACAGUGACAUUUAGGAAAGACUUGUGCUCUAAUUUGGAAAAGUAUUUGUUUUAUUCCUCUAGGACAAUUUUGUCAAAGAAAAUAAUGUUUCUUCUGUUUCCAGCAAAGAAAGAUAAAAUAAAUGUUUAGAAAUGAAUCUGUUUUCUUGAGUGAGAAAUAAAUUUCAGACCAUGGAAAUAAAAUAGAACACUUAAUGAUGUAGAAAAUCCUCUAAGUUGGCAACUGAAUUCUUAUUGUUUUCUACUUUUUAAAUAACCAUUGAAUUAAACUGUGUGAUGUCUACAUCUUUUG